AUGUUUGUUUUUCGGCCUUGCAAAGUCACCAAAUCACUUUGUACGGAGUCUAAGGGUGUAAAUGCCCAACUGUUUGAAAGAGGAGGAGGGGAUGAAAAUCUAGAUUUGCACUUUAGAAAAUCAAUAGUCACUAUUCAGAGAAAGCUGCUCCAAGUGCAAUAUUAUUGCUGUAAUCGUAAAUUACAAUCAAGAAAUGACUCAAAGACCAUUCAUAAUAUGAAGUUGUUAGCGUUUUUUCUCGUUUGUGGUGUGUGUGCAUUUGCACUUGCUGAAGAAGCAACACAAGAAGAAGUGAAUGAUGUUGAAGUAACUGAAGAACAAGAUCCGUCUUACUUACCUUACUGUGGAGCCUACAUUCGAUACAACCCAAACACACACUAUUGCCAUAAUCGCAAACUGUACUUGAAGAAAUACUAUAGCUUCUGUGGAAAAGUCAUCUAUGACAUUCGAACACAUUUCUGCUUCCGAUACAGAGUUUAUUCCAAACGAGUGCAUUAUCUCUGUGCAAAACGACGUGUCUGCCACAAAGCCAGUCAGUUCUGCUUUAAAGGAAACUGUUAUUUAAAGAAGAAGUAUUUCGUUUGUAAUGGCCGACGUGUGUGCAACAAAUGGACCCAAUUCUGCUUCAAAGGUGUCUGCUACUUGAAAACCAAAUACUUUGUCUGUCAUGGCCGACGUGUGUGCAACAAAUUGACCCAAUUCUGCUUCAAAGGUGUCUGCUACUUGAAAACCAAAUACUUUGUCUGUAAUGGCCGGCGUGUGUGCAACAAAUGGACCCAAUUCUGCUUUAAAGGUGUCUGCUACUUGAAAACCAAAUACUUUGUCUGUAAUGGCCGACGUGUGUGCAACAAAUGGACCCAAUUCUGCUUCAAAGGCGUCUGCUACUUGAAAACCAAAUACGUUCUUUGCAAUGGUCGACGAGUGUGCAAUAAAUGGACCCAAUUCUGCUUUAAAGGUGUCUGCUACUUGAAAACAAAGUACUUUGUUUGUAAUGGCCGACGUGUAUGCAACAAAGGAAGCCAAUUCUGCUUCAAAGGAAUCUGCUACUUGAAGAAGAAAUACUUUGUUUGUGGUGGUCGACGUGUGUGCAACAGGUGGACUCAAUUUUGCUACAGAAACGUUUGCUAUAACAAAUCGACCCAUGCAAUCUGUGGAAAAUCAGUUUAUGCCAAGAGAACACAUCGUUGUCAUUAUGGAAAAGUUGUUGCCAUCCGCCCAUACUAUUAAAUGACUUAAAAUGAAAAUGUAUUGUAUUAUAAGUGGUGUUUGGGGUAACAUUUAUGAGAUUUAAAAAACUAUAUCACUGUAUUUUUUUCUCUUCCCUUGUAUGCAAUAAUGCCGCUAUCAAUUUUCUAAUGCUCUGUCAUGCCACUAAAUCAUUAAAACUCAUAAUUUUGAACCUGUUCCCUUGACA